AGCCGCGUCUUAAAGUGAAUCUUAGUGGCGGAGGAGCGCUCCGGCAGCAUCCAGUCCUCCGCUCUGCAUCCAGCGCGCCUCAGAGACGCACACACGCGCAGCUUCUCUCUCUCUCUCUCCCUCUCCCUGCCUCUCCUGUCUUCUUUCAAGGUCUCUCACUCUUUCGACCACAGUUGAGGAUAGAAGGAGAGACGGACGCGUAAGAGUCGGUUUUUUUUCCCCCCGUUUUCUUUUUAUAUUUUCGCCUCUUUUAGUUCGCGCCGCUCACUUUAUUCCGGCUCUUUCUUUCCUCAUAUUUUUGUUCCGGCUCCUGCCCACAGCAGUCCGCGGCGCUUUUGCUCUCUUUCGCCGCCGCAGGAGUUCAGGUUGUCUCCCCCCCACCCCUCACACACCUUAAUCUUCAUCUUGGACCGGAUACUCAGAGGCUUUGACCCUAGAGGACUGGGUUUGUGGGAUAUGGCCCAAUAGCAGCAGCCCGUGAUGCCGGACCAUGACAGCGACUCCCUCCUGAACAGACAGACCAAGCGACGACGUGUGGACAUUGGUGUCAAGAGGACAGUGGGUAGCACAGCCUCCUCCACAGCAGCAGCUACUACCGAUAACAUCGCCCGCGCCAAAGCAGCCAUUUUCAGUGCCAUGAACUCUCUGAGCUCCCAUUCUCACCACGGAUCAGACAACGACUCCAUGGAGUGCUCUGUAGUACAGCCACAUGGUGGGCCUGGCGUCGUAUCAGCAGGCGACAGUGAGUCCAAAUCAAAUGUACUCCGAAAGCUACUGAAGAGGGCCAACUCAUAUGAGGAUGCCAUGAUGCCCUUCCCUGGCACCACCAUUAUCUCUCAGCUUCUCAAGAAUAACAUUGCAAAAAAUGGAGGCGGACCUGAGAGAGGGGAAAGAGGAGAUAGAGUCGAAUCAGGCUUCCCUGGAUCAGGGCUCUCGAAUGCUAGCUCUGAUGCCCCGCAGGAAGAUGCAUGCAGUAACUCCUCCCAGGACAGCACCCCUCAGGAGUGCUUGUCACCAUUUGGUCGUCCUCCUGGCCUUGCCACCUUUGACAUUGAACGUCUCAAUGAUGAACACCUGCGUGCCAAGCGGGCCCGUGUAGAGAACAUUAUACGUGGUAUGAGCCACUCUCCAAGCGUGGUGGUGCCUGCUGCUUCCCGUCACGAGCGUGACCAUGAGAUGGAUGGAGAGCGGGAUCUAGAACUGGAUUGUCCACCUCCUCAGUCCCAACAGCAAGCCCCAAGCAGUCCACGGGGAGGUGAAGUGUGCAGUAGCAGCCGAGAGAAUAAGCGCAAACAGCGACUGCCUCAGCAGCAGCAGCAAAGCUUCACCCAGCUGGUUUGUCAGAGAAAGGAACAGAAGCAGGAGGAGCGGCGGCAGCUCAAGCUGCAGCUGGAGGACAUGCAAAAGCAACUACGGCAGCUCCAGGAGAAGUUCUUUCAGAUCUAUGACUCCACCGAUGACUCAGAGCACACUGACCUUCACAAUGACAUAGGAAACAUGUCAGAGGACAGCCCAGACAGGUCCGACACCGGUGGAGAUGACCGGGGUGGAGAUGACUUGCGCUCUGACAAUGAGAUGGCUGAUUUGGAUCCAGGCCAUUUCCUUGACAGGGCGCGGGCUCUGCUUCAGGAGCAGGCCUUGUUGGCCGACACUGAGAAGCCAAGAAGAGAUGGCCUCAGCCGAAACAAAGGACAGGGAGGUCCAGGUUCCUCCAUGCAUGCUGAAGGUAAACAGCUGGCAGAAACACUGAAGCAAGAGCUCAACUCAGCCAUGACCCAGGUGGUGGACACAGUGGUAAAGGUGUUUGCUAAACCUCCUCGCCCUACUCCUCAGCAGGCCUUUCCACCUCUUUCUAUACCCCCUGAAAGAUUUCCUGCUGCUGUCAAUGGAGACAACCCAAAUUUCCACACCACCAACCAGAGGCUGCAAUGUUUUGGUGAUGUCAUCAUUCCUAAUCCACUGGAUUCCUUUGCUAGCAUGCCUGGCAUACCAGGUCCUACCAAUGACCAAACUGAGGCACUGCCUUUAGUAGUACGUAAGACACCCAGCGAGCAUCACCACCAGUCUUCAGCUGUGGGCGCACAUGGUGGUAGCCACCAUCCAGUUCUCCAUCCAUCAUCUCUCUCUGCCUCCAUGGGCUUCAGCCCUCCCUCCUUUCGACAUCCCUUUCCACUGCCACUCAUGGGUUACCCCUUCCAGACUCCCAUUGGCCCACCCACAGCUUACUCAGGCAAGGACCGUACUUCACCAGACUCCAUGGACCUGCCCAGAGAGACUACCAGUUUGAGAACAAAGAUGGCAUCAGGUCACCACCUGGGGCACCACCAUCGCUCUUGUUCACCAGCACACCCAGGCAGCACAGCCGAAAGCCUGUCCUUGUCCCUAAUCAAGUCAGAGUGCAGUGAUCUCCAGGACAUGGCUGACAUCUCACCUUACUCAGGCAGCAAUAUCCAGGAGGGCCUCUCCCCUAAUCAUCUGAAGAAGGCCAAACUCAUGUUUUUCUACACCCGCUACCCGAGCUCUAACAUGCUGAAGAUGUUUUUCUCUGACGUCAAGUUUAACCGCUGCAUCACCUCCCAGCUGAUCAAGUGGUUCAGCAACUUCAGGGAGUUCUACUACAUCCAGAUGGAGAAAUUUGCCCGGCAGGCCAUCAACGACGGUGUCACUGGAGCCGAGGAGCUGAGCGUCAGCCGGGACUGCGAGCUCUUCCGAGCCCUCAACAUGCACUACAACAAAGCCAACGACUUUGAGGUCCCUGAUCGCUUCCUGGAGGUCGCUGAGAUUACAUUGCGGGAGUUCUUUAAUGCCAUCGUGGCCGGCAAAGACGUGGACCCUUCCUGGAAGAAGGCCAUCUACAAGGUCAUUUGCAAACUGGACAGCGAGGUCCCUGAGAUCUUCAAGUCCCCAAAUUGCCUUCAGGAGCUUCUACAUGAGUAAAAUUCCUCCUACAUCUCCAUCUCUGCUCAUCUCUUUGCGCUUAUUUUGUUUGUCGUUACUGAUUUAAUUGAAUUUUCAAAAAAUUCCCCCUUAGUUUUUUUUUAUUAUUAUUUCUAACUAAACAUUUGAUUUAUUUUUUUUUGUUCUUUUAUUAUUAUUUUUGAAUAUAUAAAAGUUAUGGAGUAGCAUUCCCAAACUAAAGCCUCUGUGGCAUUUCCUAAAUGAUCUAGCUAUUGUGUUGUUGUUCAUAUAUUAUUAUGGUUAUUAUAUGUUUUGUUUUUCUAACAUUCUGAAGUGAAGAGACUUUUAUUACUGGGUGAUUUUGGACUGUGUGAGCCCUCACCUGUAUGGCCUGUUUUAUGAACAAUACUACCUGAGUGUGCGGAGGGAUUUUGCAUUUACACCACUACAAACACAGGCAGGGUUUACUAAGAAACUGUAUCCCUCCAGUUCUAGGGGCAUCCUGACAAACCGUCUCCUGCUUGGCUGCCUAAUAGACUCUGCUUUAUAAGAUGUCAUGAAGAAGACACACAUGCACACAAAAUUGAGGCCCACUAUGGUUAUUGACUGGACUAAAACUGGACUCGUGUUACUGGUCAGCACUGGUCUGCGGAAUUUGGACUGGUUUUAAGAGGCUACUGAAAUCUACCACCUUUUGAAGUGUAUUUUCCCUUAAAAGCAGGGCAUUGUGUUUAUUGGGUGUACAUUAUUUUGAUUAAUAUUCUUAUUGUUGUUUAUGAUUAUUUGUCAUUUUUGCUUGCUGAAGAUUGGCACUUCAAGAUUUGUUUGUCCCUUGAUGCCGUUGCAGAAGAAAAAUAAAUUAUUAUUAAUAUUACUCCAAGCGCAUUUAGAUUCCUAAAUACUUUCUCCAUCAUAUUUCCCUUCAUCCUUUUCUUUGCUCAAGUUCCUUCAUGAAAGCAAUCAUGUCAGGUUUUCUGUUUGAUUGCAGCAAAAAAUGUCCUUACCAUGUACUGUGUCCAAAAAAGGUUGCAGUAACAUUUCACAUAAAAGAGUACAGAAAUGCAAAGUGAACACAU